UCGAACAUUAUUUUGAAAUGGACCCGUGUUAAUAUGGCUGCUUGUAGCUCUAAAAGUGAAGCGUUGUUAUAUAAUAUGUUGGAAAAACACCAGUAAAUGUUCCUAUUUUGGUAACAAAAAACUUCGAACAACAUGGGUGUUUUGAGACAUAUCGUGUGCGCGAUGUCGGGCGGAGUUGACAGUUCUGUCACGGCGCUUGUACUUAAGCGAAAAGGUUACAAUGUCACGGGCGUGUUCAUGAAGAAUUGGGACUCUUUAGAUGAGAAGGGGGUGUGUAACUCGGAGAAAGACUGCGAAGACGCGUACAAGGUGUGCCAGACCCUGGAUAUUCCCUUCCACCAGGUCUCCUAUGUCAAGGAAUACUGGCAUGAAGUGUUCAGCAAGCUCUUGAAGGAAUAUGAAAGAGGGCGGACCCCUAAUCCAGACAUACUCUGUAACAAGCAUAUUAAGUUCAACCACUUCUUCCAGUAUGCCGUCAACUCUUUGGGCGCUGACGCCAUGGCGACGGGUCACUAUGCCAGGACGUCGCAGGAAGAUGACGAGGUGUUCCAGCAGAAACGCACGGCCCCGCUCACAACGCUCUUCAGAGAUCGCUUCGAGAUCAGACGACCGGUGAAGCUGCACCAGGGGGCGGACCUUGUGAAGGACCAGACGUUCUUCCUCAGCCAGAUCUCCCAGGAUGCUUUGCGGCGCACCGUGUUCCCGCUGGCUGGGCUCACCAAGGACUACGUGAAGAAGAUGGCGGCCGAGGCGGGCUUCCAGCACGUUCUGAGGAAGAAGGAGAGUAUGGGAAUCUGUUUCAUCGGAGAGAGGAACUUUGAGGACUUCAUUUUGGAGUAUCUGGAACCCAAGCCGGGGAACUUUGUCUCCAUCGUGGACGGGAAGAUCAUGGGAGAACAUAAAGGCUGGUUCACUCUGACCCUGGGGCAGAGAGCCAGGAUAGGAGGGCAGAGAGACCCCUGGUUUGUGGUAGACAAGGACAUCACUACUGGAGAGGUGUUUGUGGGUCCAACCACCAAUCACCCGGCUCUGUUCCGGGACACGCUACGGACCGACCGAUUCCAUUGGAUCACGGUGGACCCGCCCCCGGAACUGGUCCGGACACAGAUGAUGGAGUGUCACUUCCGCUUCCUGCACCAGAUGCCCCUGAUGCCCUGUACCGUCACCCUCAACAUGGACGGCUCAGUCUGGAUCAUGCUGGCUCAACCAAUGAGAGCCCUGACGCCAGGACAGUUUGCGGUGCUGUACCGCGGGGACGAGUGUCUGGGCAGUGGGAAGAUUGUGCGUCUGGGACCCAGUGAACACACCCUGCAGCUGGGCAGGGACAGGGCCAGGGAGGUGUACUCUGACAAGGAGCACCACAGCCCAGAACCAGCCAGCUGAACCAGCCAGUUCCAGCAAUCACCCCCCACCCUCCCUCAGGGGUUCUGCUGUUCCAUUUGGGGUUCUAGACGAUGAGAUCCUUCAGAAUCGUACUUGUAGAGGGCCAGAAAAUAGAAAGAGAGAAGCAUGCCUGAAUCUGAACCUGCUGUCAACCAGAGACAUAAAACAAUAUUAAAUUCAUAGGAAUGAUGAUAUAUCGUUACUAGUUAUGAUACAAUGCAUCUGCCUAUUAUGAUAUAAUGAUUUUAUUGAGCUAUGAUAUUAUAUUCUGUAUUAUUAUCUAGAUGUGAAUUCAGGAAGAGGGUUGCAGUUUUAUUCUCUGGUGCUAACACUUACACCUCUUCCUCUGUGGUAUUAAGUGACUUUCCACUGUGUUCAUAUCUGGUAAGGGUGGGUGUCAAGUCAAAAUCCUGUUUUCUAAAUCCAGAUAUUUGUAAAAUACCUUGAUAAUUUAGAUUGAACUCUUCUGUUUAUAAAUCAAGUAUAUAUAGAUUUUUUU